GAUCAACCCGAGCUUUUAUCAGCCCUCCCCUUCUCACUCCUCCCAACACCUCUCAACACCUCCCCUUACCUUUCCCAUCUCAAUUAGCCACCCAGGGAUACCCACAAACAAUGUCGAAACGCAAAUCUGAUCAGUAUGUCGAAUGGGACGACAGCGAUCUCCAGUACGAGAUUGAGAACAGGCCUAUGAAGGACAGUUGUGAUGCCGUGCGCCGCAAGAUCCGUGCUUUCAUCGACAGCGGCGAAAUGAGAGUUGGCGAAUUUCAGAAGGCAAUCAACGUAACCAGCAAGUCAUACAGUGACUUCAUGGGCCAGAACGGUCCGCUCAAGGGCAGGGGAAGCAAUGUGUAUCUCAACGCAUAUCAGUUCUUCAGAAAGCGCGAGUUGAGGGGUAUCAAGUUGCCGAAGAAGGUGAAAACUGCCGCCGCAGCGGCCACAAACAGGGUUGAUAUCUCGGGUAUUAUCCUCGAGGGUGAAGAACAAGAUAAAGUUGAAGUGUAUGACACAUGUGACGAAGUCCGCCGCAAAAUAAAUGCCCACCUCCAAAAACCGGCCGUCACAGCCGCGCAAUUCCUCCGUGACAUCGCCGCCCAAUACCACAAAACGCCCAAGAAAAUUCAAUCCAAGCAGCUCAACGACUUCCGGUCCAAAAAGGGGCCUGAUUCUGGAAAUACUUCAUCCGUCUACUAUGGCGCGUAUGUAUAUUUCGAGAAGAUCAGGGUUCGGGAGGGGAAGCCGAAGACUAAGACGAGAGAGGAGAUGGAGAGGAUUUGGGGGAGGGAGGGGGGCAUGGAUCUUGAACGAGCAAAUAAAAGCUAUUUGGUUAGGAGAGGGGAGGAGGUGACGCAAGAUCAGUAUGGCCGGAUCAGGAUCUCAGGGCGUGGUAGAUUUGGAUGGUGA